UCGCUCUCGCAUCCUCGCUCUCGCGCGCUCUUACAUUCUCCGCCAGAUCUGAUCAGCAAUGCCACGUUUGGGAUCAAAAAAGUCCAGGAAUGGAUGCAGGCAAUGCAAAGCGAGACGCGUCAAGUGCAACGAACAGAUACCGUGUUCAAGUUGUCGCAGGUAUGGAGUCGACUGCAGCUUGCUCGCCUACCCUGCCAGUUCCCAGCUAGUGGACGAUCGCGCAAGCAGUACAGUGUCCGGACCAUCAUCCUCGAAUCCCAGUCCUGCUGCAUCCUCGGGCGCUGCAGUUCCGGUGCUCCCGACAGCAAGCUCAGCAUGUCGCGAUUCUGCUGUGCCAAGAGAUGGCUGGAUGGAUGACCUCGAGCUUAUGCACCACUACACCGCUCAUGCCUAUCUCACUGUUCCUGGCAACGAUCAAGCGAAACAGACUUGGGGUUUUAUGGUCACCCAAGAGGCCUUUCGACACAAGUUCCUGAUGCACUGCAUCCUUGCAUUCUCAGCCUCGCAUCUUGCGUAUAUUGAGCCUCAGUCGCGAUCGAAGCACCGGAUCCAAGCAUCUAGUCAUCAGUCCGCUGCCAUUGCAGAGAUCAACCAAGUCUUGUUGGCCAUCACCCCGCUGAAUUGCCACGCCCUCUUCGCUGCAACGAGCCUCAUCACAUUGACCGCCUUCGCAGAAAGCACCAGCAAUACCGUCGGCGCACUCCUCGAGGUGUUCCAGCUUUUACGCGGCAUGAACCUCAUCCUCAAGGACAAUCAAGACAUAAUUUGGAAUGGGCCCUUCAAUUCGAUAUUCCAACAUACACCCGACCCGUCCAGACCGCUUCCCCCUUUACUAUCGUCAUGCAUGGUUCAGCUUCGAAUGAUAAUGGAAGAUACUCGGCUGUGCUCAUCAAUAGCGUUUACGGCCGCAGAACAACUCGUGGAAUCACUCCAGUCGGGGAUCUAUAGCUCUGCGCACAUAGGAAUGCGCGCGGUAAUGUUCUGGCCCAUCAAGGUAGACCAGGCAUUUAUCGAUGCAGCCGCAGCCCAGGAGGACGAGGACGUCAUCAGGGUCAUGCAGCAAUACCUUCGCAUAAUAAACCUUGCAGGAACUGAAUUCUGGUUCAUGUCAUCUUGGCGCGACAUCUCAUGCUGAGGAGCAUGAAGCAUGUAUUGCAUUCGCUGUAAUUAUAUAUCUAGACUGGUGUCUUGAGGGUUUUUUUCAGCGAUACCACCGUGGAAGAGAAUGGGGUAUGUAGACCCGCGCGCAUAUUAUCAAACGUCUCUCCCCCGUAGAUCGUCAGGUGGUCGGGGUAUUUCUUCGAGAUCUGGAUAGCCCUGGAAUAGACGGCACCAGCAGGUGUGCCAUGUUCCUC